CUCGCCCGGGCCGCCCCGCGCAGUCUGCCGCCGCCGCCACCUCAGCCGCGCUAGGUCCGGCCCGACGCUCUCCACCCACAGCCUGCCGCUCGGCUCUGACGGUCCCGCACGCCUGCCGCUGCCUCCGCCGGCGCUCCCGAUUCAUCCAUGAGCUCGGAUUUCCCACAUUACAACUUCAGGAUGCCUAAUAUUGGAUUCCAGAAUCUGCCUCUCAACAUAUAUAUUGUGGUUUUUGGAACUGCAAUAUUUGUCUUCAUCCUUAGUUUACUCUUCUGUUGCUACUUGAUAAGGCUAAGACAUCAAGCACACAAAGAAUUUUAUGCCUAUAAACAGGUUAUAUUAAAAGAGAAAGUGAAAGAACUGAAUUUACAUGAACUCUGUGCAGUGUGUCUAGAAGACUUCAAGCCUCGAGAUGAGUUGGGGAUUUGUCCGUGUAAGCAUGCCUUCCACAGAAAGUGCCUUAUUAAGUGGCUGGAGGUUCGGAAAGUGUGUCCACUGUGCAACAUGCCAGUUCUGCAGCUGGCCCAGUUGCACACACACUGGAAUUGUUUUCUAUACAAAUCAGAAACUGCAGUCCCUCCCUGACUCCUACCACAGAUGUCCAGAUGACAGGAGCACAACCAGUUUCCAGACUUUCUGAUCUGUGACAGGACACACAAGAGCAGCAGUGCAGGCCCAGCAAUUUUGCAGCCACCUGGACAAGCUGCCCCACACCAUCUUGGCCAGUUGCAAGGGAAGCCCGAGUGCAGCAGCGAUGUCUGUUAACUCUUGCUUUCUUAGGCGAGCACCCAUUUUUGAGGCAGGAGUUCAAGCAGCAGCAGCAACUGAAGGCUGAGGCACCUUUCUAUCUUGUGAGGCAGAUGUCUCAGAAGUUGCUGAACAAGUAGGUGGUCAAUCUUAAAGUCAAUCAUAGAUGUUCAGGUACAUGGGUCAGGCUCCUUUUCCUCCCCACUCUAAAAAAUGCUGCCCCGAGUUUUCCCCAAGCCCAGUACUUUUCACUCAGUGACAUUACCCCACCAGUAACCUUUUCUUUAAAAAACAUUAAGUUCAUUUUUGCCCCUAGAAAAUAUGGACAUUAAAGCUGCUUCCUUUAGGCAGCCAUGGGGCCAUGGACUAGUGCCUCUUGGUCCUCACCCACCUCCCCGGUGUCCUGCCACCCAGAGUUUCCCCAGGAUUCAAAGUGCUUUUGGGCCCUUGACCUGAAACUUGAAAAGGAAUUGCAGGGAACCUCCACCCUUCUGUCAUGUGAUGAAUCUCUGGCCCUGGGUUAGUAGUGUCUUUCACGUUAGCUGUUAAGAAUUUGAGUUAAAGGACAUGUCUAAAUUAACAGUGUAUAAAUUUAGGUGAAAUUUGCAGUUGAUAACUGGAAUAUGCUGGGUUAUGGUUUUUUAGUAGAUAAGAUUAAUGUGCUUCCACCACUUGAGUAUCAAGAAGAACAUAGAAAGGCUUGGUCAGUUUUCCAGUUGUUUAGAGCCCACUUGUUCCAAGAUGCAAAUCGUUUUCUCCAUUUUUAGACCAAACAUCAGCAUCCUUUGCUUACCAAUCCAGGGCUCCCUUCUGUGGCUACAGGGACAAGGAGAACACCCUGCCUGCUCUGGGCCAUGUACUCAGAAGGGGAGCCCUGCCAAUGUUAAGGGAUCUGUCUGUACUCUGAUGUAGCUCCCUGUGCAGCACAAGCUGGUGGGUCAGCACCUUGGGCCAGCUGCACACCGUCCCUGUCUGCUCCUUCCCUCCCAGGUUCCGAUAGAAAAAGGCAGAUGGGACCAGUGUUAAGAAGUCCCUCCUGGUGACACCGUCUUCCAAGAUAGUGUUCCUGAUCAUUGUCAUCUCUGAUAACAGAUCACUGCCAGGAAGGAAGGUAGUUUAGGCAUGUAGUAUAGCCCAUUGGGGUUCAUUCACUAGGUUUUAUGUAACUCCCUCAAUGAAAGGUUUAUGAAAUGCUGAGCGUCAGGUUUCAUAGACGUGUUUGUACACUAAGAAUUCUGCAGCAGAAUAUUUUUAAACAUUCGCAGUUUUUUGUAAGCUAUAUUUUUGUAUAUUUAAUUGCUAUUUUAAAGUUUUAAUGCAUUUUUUGCUAAUUACUCUUGUUUAAAAAAUAAAACAUGCAUGUAAUUGACUUAAAUGUAAAUAAAGAGCAGAUUUUGAAAACUACUUAAUGUUAAUCAUGUACCCACUUAUGGACACUCACACCCCACUUAAGCUUGUGUAGCAAGAGUGGGAAAGAAGGUGAGUAGGGCACAGCAAAAGGUAACUGUGAUGAAGGAGCUUGUGGCCUGUCCCCCACGGUGUGGAGUGAAGGUCAGAGGUGACGAGUAAAGCACUAGGCCCCAGUGAGGGAGAAAGCAGAGAAGCCAAGGCCUCACCUGACACUGGCCUCAGCUUUCUUUGCAGAUGCGGCUGGACACAGGUAGUUUCCGAAAUACAGGCACUAGUCUCGGGAGUAAAGUGUCAGAACUAGGCCAUUCCUCACACCUCUCACAACACCCCAGACCUGCAAAUAACUUCUAUUAGGAAGAAAGGAAAAAAACAUCUCAAAAAAAAAAAAAAAAAAUCUCUUGG